CCGGCUGUAACUGCAGCAGCAGACUGAGAUUAGAGUUGAGCCUGUACUUACGUUCACGCGGGCUGCAAUGCGAGCUACAGUUAUGCGGAUAUUUAAUAAAACUUUGAACUUCAAAUUUGACUAAACAAUAAUAAUGUAUUUCAUAGCUUUUUUUAAUUCUUUGGAGUGAAACGUUUUUUUUAAUAAAAUGGCCGUGUCACAUCAGUGGUUUAUUCAGUGGUCACCCCCAUCGUUGCUCUUCGCCGAUAUAAAUAGGGAGUACAACAAUAUUAACCCCAAUUGGAAUUACAAGCAAAACUAUAGAAGCCCUUACGAACGUCCAUCUACAGCUGUUAAUGAAGAUUAUUAUUAUGAUGAUAGACCUAAUUAUGGAAAAAGUAAUAAUAAAAAUAAUGAUUAUGAAGCAGAAAGAUCAAAAGUUAGCGAUCGGACUCGCGCAGCGGGUGUCACACUAUGGCUUACGAUGUUAGGGCUUUCACAUUCGCAGUCGGUACCCACUGACACCGAGACUCUACCCCUCAGUACGCUGUACAAGUGGAAGCAUGUGGAUUUCGAAUUUCCGUCAGAGAGGCAUCGUCUCUACGCCAUUGCCAAUGGGGAUUUCAUUCCAGCCAAUGUUUUACCACUGGGUUUGGAAGUUUGGGGCUCCCGAGUGUUCGUGACGCUGCCUAGUUGGAAACGAGGUGUACCUGCUACGCUGGCAACGGUUUCUCGUAACGGGGGAGUUACAUCUCCGCGCCUCAAGCCGUAUCCUGAUUGGAGCUACCAUAGAGCCUUUAGUAAAAGCAGUAACUGCUCAGGCCUGACAUCAGUUUUUCGAAUGAGUGUUGAUCCCUGCGGAAGACUCUGGGUCUUGGAUUCCGGUCAAAUAGAUUCCCAGGACGAUCCAAAACAAAUAUGCCCACCAAGCAUCAUAGUUUUUGACCUACAAACUGAUUUGCCUAUCUCACGAUACAUUAUACCAAAAGAAUAUGUAAAGGAAGAUUCUUUGUAUUCAAACAUUAUUGUUGAUACCCGGAUGGGAGACUGCUCGGAUCUUUACGUCUACAUCGCAGACACAUGGCGCUUUGGGCUGCUCGUUUUUCGCGAAAGUGACGAAAGUUUUUGGAGAUUUUCACACCAUCUAUUCUAUCCUGACCCACUAGCUUCUAAUUAUACUUUACAUGGGCUGAAUUUUCAGUGGUCAGAUGGAAUUUUUGGGCUCGCACUCUCUCCUAUCGACGAACAUAAUGAGCGAAUACUGUUCUUCCAUUCCAUGUCAAGUUACAGAGAAUUUUUUGUGAAGACGUCAAUAUUAAGAGAUUCUUCUCGUGUAAACAACAGUGUUACUGAAUUCAAGCUGCUCGGAGAAAGUAGGGGACUUUUCGGGCAAUCUUCAGCCUCAGCGAUUGAUAAUCGAGGCGUCAUGUUCUAUGGUUUAGUGACAAGAGACACUAUAGGAUGUUGGGAUACGAGGAAGCCGUAUCUGAAAAGGAACACGGGUGUAGUUGCAAUGAAUACCGAGACUUUGAUUUUUCCUAACGAUAUAAAAGUUGAUCAAGAGGUGCGUCAGAGUGUAUGGGUGAUAUCAAACAGGCUGCCAAUGUUUCAAGCUGGACCUUUAGAUCCUAACGACUAUAACUACCGUAUAAUGUACGCAGAUACGUCUGAAGCGGUGCGAGGCACUGUGUGUGAUCCAAAUGUUUUGCCAGUUCACUCUCAAACCUUCAAUAACUGGGUGAAAUAAUAUUAUAUUGUGCUCGUCCUUUUCAAAACUUAGGUACCUAGUUACGUAUUAAUAGUUCUCAAUUUUAAUUUAAAACAGAUGUUAUAAAACUAGUCCUUUAUUCUAUUCAUAGAUAAGAUACAGUAUAAAAUUAAUAUAGGGGCCGGUAGCUCCAUUGAUAAACUUAAUAUUCUACAUGCUUACCCAAAAAUCCACGUUAAAGAUAUUGCGGGGAGAAAAAAUUAGCAAAUUACACUAAAUAAACUUUGCUGUUAAUAAAAUUAUAAUGAUUGUCUUAUUAUUUUGUAGCCUAAAAUGUCCGUAAUGUGUGUAAAUUGUUCCGUACCUCAAAAGAAAAAAAGAGACUCAUAAAGUAUCACUUU